AUGGAAGAUGUUCGGGAAGUAUUCCCAACUUCAUUUGAUGGAAUUCCUGAUGCAAAAGCAGUCUAUGAGGCACGAAAAAAGAGAGAGAUUCUUAGACAGAAGGGCGCUGGAGGUAAUACUGGAGAAUUUAUUCCUUUGGAUGACACAGUUCGGCUUAAGGGAAGUGGACAAUCGGGUGAGCGGUCUCGUUUGGUACGUGAGGACGAAAAUGAUAUGUCUGAUGAAGAGGAAGGAGGGAGUUUUUAUUCUGCCAAAAAACUGCUUCAAACUGAAGAAGAUGCUCGGCGAGAAGAACAAGCCAAUUUUUUGUCUUUGGAACAGGGUAGUAGUGAUGAAGAUGGAAUGCCAAUAAAAAAUGGAAAUAGGCGGAGAAAGAAUUCGAAGAAGACUAAAAAGGCCGCUAAUGAAGAAGUCUCUGAUGCAGAAAAUGAAGAUGAUGAAUUACAACGUUGGGAAAGGGAACAAAUAAUGAAGGGAGUUAGUUCGAAUAAGGUAAUGCAAAUGAGAAAUGAGUUGGCGGCAACAAAUUUGUAUUAUCCUGAAUAUUCAAAUCGUCUUGAAAAAGAGGGGGAAGGCGAAGCUGAAAUGGAUAUUGAAGUUGAUUUGGAAAUAUUGGAUGUUCAACAACAAAAUGUAAAAAUCUCGCCUACGAUUUCAAAACCUGAUAAUUCAACAAUUCCAGAGUUGGCAAAUGGCACAAAAUCAAAAGUUUCCCUUGAACAACUUUUAAAUGUGUUACAACAACGUCUCGAUGAAAGAAAAGAAAAUACCAAUACAAUGGAAUUUGAUUUGAAACGAACACAAGGGCAAAUUGCUGAAAACACAGAUUCAAUCCAUAAGCUUGAACAUUAUAUCCCUCAAUUAGAACAUAAAUUUAAAAUGUUGCAAGAUGUACGUAUUUACACGCGUGAUUUGCUUGAUUGUUUAAAUGAGAAAUUUUUAAACAUAAAUGCAUCGGAAGAGCGAGUAAUGGAAAUGUGGAAACAACGAACAGAAAGAUUAAUAAAGAGAAGGAGGCAAGAUGUCCAGGAUCAAUAUGAACGUUGUGCGGCAAAUGCAGCUGGUCGAUCUUUCAUAAUUCCCAAUCCUGAGUUUGCACUAAGAGAGACUGAACGUGAGGCUAGAAGGUUGUGUUAG